GCAGAGGGCACAGAGUCAGAGCUGAAGCUGCGAUGGCAUUUGAGCCGAAUACUUACAAAUGUUUCAAUAUUUAUGUCAUUGACUCCAGAGCAACUAGCUUGAUGUUUCAAGCGGAAUCUGUACCCUUUUUUAUCCCGAUUUCUAUCACAGUAACUAGAUGUCGAGUAUUGCGGGGAUGUUACGCAAUUCACCCAGUCCCAGGGCCACUGUUUACAAUUUACGAUCAGCUGUUCAGCGCCAUGUUGUUUAUAUAUUUAUACAUUUUCCUACAACUUUUGCACCGUAUCCUUCCGCAACAUCAUUCAAUCUUAUAUUAUUACGUAUAAUGUAUAAAAUAAAAUAAGAAAACGUUUUUUUACAUAUCAAAUAAAGGAUUUUAUACCAUUUGAAUACUAACUUGAAGGAAAUAAAAUUAAUCGGUAUAACUAUUUUCAAAGGAUUGUAUGAACAUUCUCAAGUACAUGAGUGACACGUAUUGCUAGCGAAGAAGGACCAAAACGUGAAAGAUAAAGUUCUGUGGAAUUGGAAAUAGUGAGUCUAACGUUAGAUCUGGUUGGCUGCAGACUUAUUCAGCUUUACCACCUUGUUCACGAGCACAAUAAGGAAGUAAAACAGUUAUGUCUGUAGAUUUAGCAGUAGCAUCUGAUCCUCAGAACAAAGCAAAGGAUGAUAACCCCUAUGCAGAUUACAUGUGGAUGGGAGAGGAGGAGCAAGAAUUUGAACAGGAUGUUUUAGCUCAGCUAGAGGAAGAGGAAUAUUUGGAGUACUGCUUCCAGGAUAUGAUGGAAGAGGAAGCUUUAGGUCUGUUCAUUCCCCCACCAAUCAUCCUACCCUCAUCAUUGACAUCUACCGGUACAACGACCACUAUGCCUCUCAUUGAGAAUCUCACAAUCAGCAAUGCCAAUGGUGGCGAGAAUGGUCACCAUGGCAACGGAGAUGUGAUCCUCCAACCUGCCAGUAACGUUGGUGCUGGAGGUGAUGCUAACUAUGAGUCGGCGUGGCAGAGCUCAGAAGAUGAAGUGUCGGGAGACAAACAUGAUAAUCUAACGGAUUCCGAUUCCUCAGAAGGCUGCCCCCAGAGAUAAAGCAAGGUCUAAAGAAGUUCACCAACUCCCAACUGAGACUACGUGCAUUCCUGUCAUUCACAAAAAAAAAAAUGUCGGUAACCAAAUAUAUGUGUAUAAAGUAUGGAUGUUUAUCUUUCGUUCAAAACCUAUGUUAAAGCAGUGGUAUAUUAUCGUUAUUCCAUGUUGAAAAUGAACUGACAACUGUUCUCACAUAUGCAUUGCUUGGUAUAUCAUUUCAGACCAAAUUGUUGGCACUGGCAUGGGCCAGAUUUGUAUUCACUGUAAUAAAGAUGAAACAAAACAGUAUUUUUUUUGUUGGAAAGAGUACUGAUUUUGUAUUCAAGUAUAUUAUAUAUAUUUUAAAAAUACUUUUAAUACCAAUGCAUUUGUGAUAAACAUGGUUGUUUGAAGCAAAAUUUUAGAGUUGACUUUGAACAUGAAUUUAAUCGCCUGACCAUGAUACCAUUUUAGGAUUGUUCAUUGUACAAAACUUCCAA